AUUAUAAUGAAUACAAAUGGUAUCGACCUGUGUGAAAGUACUACGGACGCGGUACAUCCGCGAUUUGCAAAGAAACCUGUGUAUGCUCUUGGGGGUUUCAAAAUAGCAAUUGUCCAAUUAGCAGUUGGACCAGACAAGACAAAGAAUAUAGCAAAUGCUGUUAAGGAAAUCCAUAAAGCCAAAGAUAAAGGAGCUCAAUUAAUAGCCCUUCCCGAGUGCUUUAAUUCACCAUAUGGUACCCAGUACUUCAACGAGUAUGCAGAAGAAGUACCAUCAGGGGCAACAUGCAGAGCGCUGUCUCAGGCUGCAGCGGAGGCGGGUGUGUGCGUUGUUGGUGGCACACUACCGGAGCGCUGCGGCUCUAAACUCUAUAAUACAUGUACUGUGUGGGACAGUGCUGGCAAACUGCUUGCUAAGCACAGGAAGGUGCAUCUAUUUGAUAUAGACAUUCCAAACAAGAUAACAUUUAAAGAGUCGGAGGUACUAAGCGCAGGAGAUCAAAUCACGACAUUCGAGUUCCAGGGCGUUAAAAUCGGGCUGGGUAUUUGCUACGAUCUCAGGUUCCCUGAGAUGGCGCGCCUUAUGGCUGACCAAGGUUGUUCAUUGCUCGUAUACCCGGGCGCGUUCAACAUGACCACAGGUCCGAAGCACUGGGAGUUGUUGGGGCGAGCACGAGCCACCGACCUACAACUGUGGGUGGCGCUAGUGAGCCCUGCGCGCGACACUAGCGCCGGUUACGUCGCGUGGGGAUAUUCUACACUAAUAGAUCCAUGGGGAACCCCGGUUGCGAAGUUGGAUGAGAAAGCAGGAACGCUGUUUGCUGAUAUAGAUCUUAGUACAAUUGAAGAAGUAAGAAGCCAAAUACCAAUAAGGUGUCAAAGAAGAACAGAUAUUUACAAUACGAUUCAAACAUCAAAAUAAUUACGUUGAAAUAACUUUGUUGUUGUAAAAAUAGUUGCUUAAAAUGGAAACUGGAACAAUUUGUUAUCACUUAAGGGAUGUAUAAAAAAACUAUAAAGAUA